AGGAUUCAGAUGCUGAUGAGAGAGAGAGAGAGAGAGAGAGAGAAGCAACCAAACAAAACCAAACCAAGCCGCCCAAAAGAAAUGGAGAGAAAACUGAGAGGGAAACAGAGCAGAGAGAGUGUGUAAGAGAGAGAGAGAGAGAACAGGAGAAGAAACAAAAACCUAAAGAAAAGGAGAAGCUAAUUAAUUAAAAAAAGAGAUAAAAUGCAGAGCAAAAGGAGAGAGCUUCUAGUUCUUGACCUCUGAAAGCUUCUUCAUUGCAGAAAUUGACGGCUUACAGAGAAAGAAAAGAUAGUGAACAACAGAUAAGAGAGGGAGGGAGGGAUAUGGGUCUGGCAAUCUUAUCAUCAUUUUCAAUUUCAACCCAUACUUACUGGUAAUCUGUGAAGAUCAUCAAGUGGGUAUUGUUCAUUUUCAAUCCUUUGUGUCUCUUUGCUGUUGUUGUUAUGGAUGCUCCACCAACGGAAGAGCUGCUGAAGAAGAUCCAGGAGCUCGAGGCCGGUCAGGCUCACCUCCAGCAGGAGAUGACGAAGCUGAGAGUCUCCGGCGCCGGUGCGUCGGAUCCCACGCGCCAUAGGUCGCAUUCGAUAUCGCCGCGGCGGUCGAGGCUGGCGGCGCAGAGGAAAGGGGGCGGAGGCGGAGGCGGUUUCGACGGCGCUGCGGCUUGGGAGAAGGGCUCGGCGUCGUUCAGGCACUCGUCGCCGUUGCAGAGGGAGAGCCGGAGCCUCGAUGCUGUGACCGCCGGUGCCGGAGGAGAAGGUGUUGAUGGAGGCGGCUGCGGCAGAGAUUUUGGGCUGUCGGCGGCUAAUUUUACUGAUGGGCAGUGUCAGAAUAUUUUGCAGUCGAUAGGGCAGUCCGUUCACAUUUUUGAUCUCAGCGGUCGUAUAACUUACUGGAACAGAACUGCUGAGAACUUCUAUGGUUACUCUGCAGCGGAAGCCCUUGGCCAGGAUGCCAUUGAGCUUCUAACAGAUUCUCGGGACUUCCCCAUAGCAAAUAACAUAGUUCAUCGUGUAACCAUGGGAGAGAGCUGGACUGGGCAGUUCCCGGUGAAGAAUAAGAUGGGGCAGAAGUUUGUAGCUGUUGUAACCAAUACAGGAUUCUAUGACAACAAUGGUAAUUUGGUCGGGAUUAUUUGCGUGUCAGCUGAUUCACGACCCUUUCAGGAAACAAGAGUUCCAUUGUCAGGAACCAACCAUUCAGAAGCAGAUUCAAGCUUUGCACGGUCCAGAAACAGUGCUGCCAUGAAGCUUGGUCUUGAUCCUCAGCAACCUCUGCAAGUUGCAAUUGCCUCUAAAAUAUCAAAUUUGGCUUCCAAGGUUAGCAAUAAAGUUAAGUCAAAGAUCAAGAUGAGUGAGCACGGUGCAGAUUGUGAAGGGGGUAGUGGGGAUAGUCACCAUUCUGAUCACUAUUCGUCUGAUACAGCCCUCUCUGAUCAUAGGGAGGAUGCAGCUUCAAGUGGAGCUAGCACACCAAGAGGGGAUGUUCCUCCAUCCCCCUAUGGUGUGUUUUCUCAGGUUGCUCCUGAGGAGAAGAACCCAGUAAAAAUGUAUGGUGAUGAAAGUGAAGGGAAGCCUGGCAUUCAUAAGAUCAUUAGCUCUAAGGCAGAGGCUUGGAUUGGCAAAAAAGGGUUAUCGUGGCCUUGGAAAGGGAAUGAGCGUGAAGCAUUGGAUGCAAGGACCACCCGUUUUGUUUGGCCCUGGUUGAACAAUGAUCAAGAGAAUGAUGUGGUUCAACAAAAGAAUCCCAACUACUGUGCAAGACCCGAAAGCCAGGGGAGUGAAAGUAAUAGGCCUGCUAACAACGAAGCUUCAGGGUCCUGGUCCUCUUCAGUAAAUGUUAAUAGCACAAGCAGUGCAAGUAGCUGUGGGAGUACCAGCAGUAGUGCAGUGAACAAAGUGGACAUGGAAACAGAUUGCUUAGAUUGUGAAAUCUUGUGGGAAGAUUUGAAAAUUGGAGAACAGAUAGGGCAAGGUUCAUGUGGAACUGUAUAUCAUGGUCUGUGGUAUGGAUCAGAUGUCGCUGUCAAAGUUUUCUCCAGACAAGAAUAUUCAGAUGAUGUGAUACUUUCUUUCAGACAAGAGGUAUCCCUAAUGAAAAGGCUUCGACAUCCAAAUGUUCUACUCUUUAUGGGUGCAGUGACUUCACCUCAGCGUCUUUGUAUUGUUACGGAAUUCCUUCCGCGUGGAAGUUUGUUUAGAUUACUACAGCGGAACACUUCCAAACUAGAUUGGAGGCGGCGUGUUCACAUAGCUUUAGAUAUAGCGCGAGGCAUGAAUUAUCUUCAUCAUUGCAACCCCCCCAUUAUUCAUCGUGAUUUGAAGUCUUCAAAUCUUCUUGUUGACAAGAACUGGACUGUGAAGGUUGGAGAUUUUGGUCUGUCGCGUAUCAAAUAUGAAACUUAUCUCACAACAAAGACUGGGAAAGGAACGCCUCAAUGGAUGGCUCCAGAGGUUCUCCGUAAUGAACCCUCCGAUGAGAAGUCAGAUGUAUACAGCUUUGGUGUGAUAUUAUGGGAGCUUGCCACCGAGAAGAUCCCUUGGGAUAACCUUAAUUCUAUGCAGGUGAUUGGAGCUGUAGGGUUCAUGAAUCAACGGCUGGAGAUCCCAAAGGAGGCGGAUCCACAGUGGGUUUCAAUAAUCGAAAGCUGCUGGCACAGUGAGCCACAUUGCCGGCCUACAUUCCAGGAACUGCUGGAAAGCCUCAAAGACUUGCAGAGACAGUUUGCCAUGCAAUUCCAGGCAGCCCGUUCUGCUGCCGGGGAUAACGCCCAAAAGGAUUUGUAGUUUUUGAAUUGUGGUUUGAUUGCCAGCAGGGGCAUCCAUAUUUUUGCUGUCAUAUGCAGGGACUGGUUGUGCGGAAACUCAAGGAAACUCAAAGUUGGGAUCGCCCUGUCCAGGGAAAGGGAAAAAGAAAAUGGGAAAGAAGGACGAGUGGUGGUCAUAUAUGUGAGCUGCCUACUUUCCAUGCUCUGUUGGUUGGUUGUGUGAUGUCUUUAUUGGUUUACAUGUGUCUGGUUGGUAUCUUCAGGCACCCAUUUGUGAUUUAUUUUGGAUGAAAACAAAGAGUGAGGACCACUGCAGAAAAGUUGUACAGGACUCAAAUUUUUUCCUUUUUUUCCCCUUUGGAGUAAAUAGAUUGAAGCUGAUUUGAUGCAUCA